AAUCGAAAAUAAAGCAUCAAUCAAUUAUUGUUGUUGAUAGAAUGGUAGAAAACGGUGAGAUGGAGUACAACAGCACGUUUCGAGCCAAAAUCGACAAAUCCAAAGACAGAUAUCCAUUCUGCAUAGUAUGGACACCCAUUCCUCUGCUGACAUGGUUAUUCCCAUUCAUAGGUCAUAUGGGAAUUGCUCUCUCGUCUGGCGUGAUACGAGAUUUUGAUGGACCAUACCAUGUGUCUGAAGACAACUUUGGGUUUGGAAGACCAGCAAAAUACUGGAUGCUUGAUCCAUCAAGAAGCAGGGGAGGUGUAUCCGGCUGGGAUGCUGCUGUCACAGAAGCAUCAGAUAUAUACAAACUGAGGCCGCACAAUAUAUUCUGUGAUAAUUGCCAUUCUCAUGUUGCAAUGGCUAUGAACAUGAUGCAAUACAGUAACAAGACAAACUGGAAUAUGUUUUGGUUAGCAGCAAUGAUGCUAUCAUUCAGCAAAUAUGUAAAUUUCUGGGGUUUCAUAAAGACUUGGCUACCAUUUGCCAUAAUAUCAACAACUGCAAUAAUAUUAUAUCUUUAUGUAUAAAUAAAUUUUGAGUAUAUUCU